AUGGACGCCUUCGAGCGAGAAGCGCUUCUCACGCUGCUGCGGGCGUCGCACGAGAGCGAGCGCACGCUCGCGGCGUACCAGCUGCGGCGCCUCGUGUCCCGCGCCGCGCGGGAGAUGAGCGGCGAGACCUUCGGCCGCUUCGAGGACGAGCUCUACAGCACCCUGUUCCGCAUGGUGCACCACGGCGGCGACGUCGAGGAGCGCCUGGGCGGCGUCGCGGCGAUCGAGGCGCUCGUCGGCGCGCCGAGCGCGGAGCCCGAGACCAAGGGCAUCAAGUUCGCCAACUUCCUCGGGUCGCCCGAGGGCCAGCGCCAGUUCGUGACGCGGACGGCCGCCGCGCUCGGGAGACUCGCGCGGCGGGGCCCCGCGAGCAGCAGCGACCACGUCGAGUUCGAGGUCGGCCGGGCGCUGGAGUGGCUCCAGCGGCCCGCGGGCGCCGACGGCCAUCUGGGCGGCGCCAAGGCCGCCGCGGACGCGCCCGGCGGCGCGCAGCGGCGGCUCGCCGCGUGUUUGGUGCUCCGCGAGCUCGCGAAGCACGCGCCGACGCUCUUCUACGCGCGCGUGCGCGACUUCUUCGAGCGCGUCUGGCCCGCGCUGAUGGACGCGCGGUCGCCGGACGUCCGCGAGGCCGCGGCCGCGGCGCUCGGCGCGGCUUUGGAGAUCGUCGCGCGGCGGCCGACGGCGCAGCACAGCCACUUCUACUGCGCCAUCUACGCCAAGGCCCACGCGGCCCUGGCCCCCCACGCCACGGGCCACGGCGCGCUGCUGGCCGUCGGCGCGCUCCUGCGCCACGCGGGCGGGUUCAUGAUGCCGCGGUUCCGCGAGGCCUGCGACGCGGCCAUCGCGCUGCGGGAGCACCGGAGCCGCGCCAUCCGCAAGGCCGUCACGGAUUUGCUACCGAGGUUGGCCCAGUACUGCCCCGACGCGUUCGCGCGCGCGUACUUGAAGGGCACGACGAAGCACCUGCUCGCGAUGGCCGUGCACCGGACGUCCGGCGAGCUGCGGGACGCGGCCUACGAGGCCAUGGGCCGCCUCGCGCUGGCCGUGAAGCACCACCUCGUGCCGGCCCUGCCGGAGAUCGUCGCGGCGCCGGCGUCGCCCGAGGAGAAGCGGCGCCGCGGCGUCGUCGUCGACUGCGUCGCCGACGUCUUCGAGGCGCUGGGGGAGAAGAUCCCGCCGCCGCACGCCGACGCGUUGUUGGACGCCCUGUUCGCGAACGGGCUCUGCGACCCCCUGAUCCGCGCGCUCGGCGUCGUCGCCAAGGCGCUGCCGUCGCGGCGGCCCGCGGUGCGCGCGCGGCUCCUCGACGCGUUGACGUCCGUGCUGGAUUUCGACGCGUCGCCCUACGCGCCGCCGGGCUGGGCGCGGCCCCUGCCGCGGCCGCGGCGGCGCCGCGCGGACUCGGCGCCGAGGACGCGCCUCGAGGUCGACGCGCGCGACGAGGACUUGAUCCUCCUGUCCCUGCGGACCCUGGGCUCCUUCUCCAUGGAGGGCGUGUGCCUCCUGCCGCUGGCGCGGGACUGCGCGAGCCGCUACCUCGACGCGUCGUCCGCCGCGGUGCGGUCCGCCGCGAGCGCGGGCCGUACGGCCAAGCAGCCGGGCGCCGCGCCGCUCGGCGCGUGGUACUUCGCGGGGCCGUCGGCCGUGGUUGUUGAUGAUGUGCUGCGGCGGCUCUUAGCGGUGGCUCUCGCCGACGACGACCCGGGGCCGCGGCGCGCGGUCGUCCGCGCGCUCCGGGCGGACGCGCGCUUCGACGGGCAUUUGGCGCGGAGCGCGCACGUCGACGCGCUCGCGCUGCUGCUCCACGACGAGGACACGGAGCUCCAGCUGUCGGCGCUGGCGCUCCUGGGGCGCCUCGCGGCGCGGAACCCGGCGGCCGUGCUGAGCCGCGUCCGCGCCGCGCUCGCGCGCGCGUUGGACACGCUCCGGUGCCCCGCGUCGGACGCGCCGGCGAAGGAGCGCGCCGCGCGGCUCGCGGCGGGCGCGCUGCGCGCCGAGAGCCCGCGCGCGCGCAAGGCCGUCUGGCCCCUGGCCGCGGAGGUCGUCGCGGCGCUGCCGCUGGGCUACCGCGACCUGGCCGUGCCGACGCGCCUCGCCUGCGCGGCGCUGGACGCGCUGGGCGAGUGCGUGCUCGUGCUCGGGCCCCGGAGCCGCGUCGUCGUCUACAAGCCGCGCGUGCUCGCGCCGCUCUUCGACGCGCUGCUCGACCGGUCGUCGUCGCGGAAGCGCGAGCUCGCGCUCCGCGUGCUCGGGCGCCUCGCGUCGUCCGCGGGCUGCGUCGUCGCGCCCUACCUCGAGCACGCGCCCUUACUGCCGCGCAUGCUCGCGGCCGGCGACCGCGGCGGCGCGCCCUGGUCCCUCUGUCGAGAAGCCCUGCGGGCCCUGGGCCUGCUGGGGGCCCUGGACCCCUACAAGUUCGAGCUCGACGGCAAGAAGCGGGCCAAGGGCAAGGACCGCGCGGCGCGCGCGGCGACGCCCGCCGCGGGCGAGGACUACUACGCGCGCGUGGCCAUCGACGCGCUCGUGCGCGUGUUGCGGGACGGGUCCCUCGCGGCGCACCACGCCGCCGUGACCCAGGCGCUGAUGUUCAUCUUCCAGAGCCUGGGGCUGCGGUGCGUGCCCUUUCUGGGGAACAUCGUGCCGCACCUCCUCGACGUCGCGCGGACCUGCGAGCCGGGCCUGCGCGAGUCCGUGUUAUUGCAGCUCGCGGCGCUCGCGGCCAUCGUGCGCCACCAUCUGAGGGACUGGCUGCCGCGCAUCUUCGAGUUGGUGGUGGACUACUGGGCGGAGCACUUGGAGCAGGUCGUGCCGUUAUUGGAAGAGAUCGCGACGUCCGUGUCCGAGCACCUCGCGGCUUUGCCGCCGUUGCUCACGAAGGCCAAGGCCCUGACGGCGCCCGCGGCGCUGAGCGAGACGCGGUUGGCGCUCAUCCUCCGCGCGACGAUGCUGCUGCGGGGCGCGCUGUCGGACUACCUCUUCCUCGUGGCGCGCGUCGUGCGGUGCCUCCGCGUCGUCGUCGGCCGGCGCGCGCUCGCGCGGCGGCGGGACCUCGGCGCGCGCAUCGCGCGGUCGCUCUGCCGGUUACUGGAGCGGUCCGACGUCGUCGCCGCGGACGCGGCGCCCGCGAAGGCCGCGCACGGCGAGGCCUUGAGGGACGCGGCGCGCGACGCGCUCGAGGUCGUCCGCGACCAGCUCGGCGAGGAGCUCUUCGCGCCCUUCGUCGGCCUGGCGACGCGCUGCCUGUCCCUGGGCCCCAGGGGCGCGGCGUCGCCCGCGGCGCUGGCCUGGGCGAAGCGCGACGCGCGGACGCGGGCCGGCGACGACGACGACGACCGCGCGGCGGACGGCGACGGCGGCGAGGGCCACGCCUUCCUGAGCCGGUCCCAGCACAUCGGCGAGAAGUACCGCGCGUCGUCCAUCGACCACGCCGGCCCGAGCCGCCAACGGUUGCACGUGAACCAGCCGAACCUGCAGCGGGCCUGGGACGUGUCGCAGCGGCUCACGGCCGACGACUGGAACGACUGGCUCCGGCGAUUAUCGCUGGAGCUGCUGCGCGAGUCGCCGUCGGCGGCGCUACGGUCCUGCGCGACGGUGGCCCACGCCUAUCCUCGCCUAUCCCGCCAGCUCUUCCAGUCGGCCUUCGUGUCCUGUUGGUUGGAAUUGGACGACGCGUACCGCGAUAGUUUGGUGCGGACGCUGGAGACCGCGUUCCGGUCCGACGAGCUCCAGGCCGUCGCGCCCGACGCGCUCCAGUUGCUCUUGGAGCUCGCCGAGUUCAUGGAGCGUGAUGUUGAUGCUUUACCUAUCGACAUCCGCGUCUUGGCGGAUCUCGCGACGAAGUGCCGCGCCUACGCGAAGGCGCUCCACUACAAGGAGCUCGAGUACCGCACGCCGGAGCUCGCCCGGGACCGCCACGCCGCCGCCGAGGCUUUGAUCGCCAUCAACCGCAAGCUCGCCCAGCCCGAGGCCGCGCUGGGCGUCCUGCACGCGACGCGGAAAAGGUCGGAGCGGCGGAGGCGGACGCGGCACCACCGCCUCGGCUCCUACGAGGAGGCGCUGGCCCUGUACCGGCGGCGCCUCGAGGGCGACGGCGGCGACGUCGAGGCCAUCCUCGGGGCCAUGAAGUGCCUCGACGCGCUCGGCGAGUGGCACGAGGCGUGCGGGUUGCUGGUGCGGUCGUGGCCGCGGCUCCAGGUCGCGCUCGGCGACAACACGCGGCUGCUCAUGAAGGCGGCGAACGUCGGCGCGCGGAGCGCCUGGGCGUUGGGGCGCUGGGGCGAGAUGACGAACUUCGUCGCGGCCAUGGAGGACGACGACGCGUCGAAGCCGUUUUAUCGGGCGAUCCUCGCGCUGCGGUCGCGCGAGCGGCUCGAGCCCGCGCGCAUCGACGAGGCCGUGGACCUCGUGGAUGAUGCGAGGCGCCUGCUCCACGGGUCCUUCGCGGCGCUCGUCGCCGAGUCCUACAAGCGCGCCUACGGGACCAUGGUCACGGUGCAGCAGCUUGCGGAGCUCGAGGAGAUCGUCGGCUUACGGCGCGUCGAGCUCGCGGCGCGCGGCGAGUCGCGGCGGUCCGGCGACGCGCGGCGCGGCGCCGACGCCGUGUCGGACCACCGCGCGGCGCUCGUCGCGCGCUGGCGGCGGCGCCUCGCGGGCUGCCCGCACGACGUCGCCGUCUGGCAGCGCGUGUUGAACGUGCGGGCGCUCGUGCUCUCGUACGAGGACGACCCGGACUCGUGGCUGCGCUACGCGUCGCUCUGCCGCCACAGCGGCAACGCGGCGCUGUCCGAGUCCGUGCUCACGCGCCAGCUCGGCUUCGACCCCGCGUCCGUGCCGCGCGCGAGCGACGGCCUGCCGGACCACCGGCUCCGCUACGCGUACGCGAAGCACUGCCACGCCGCGGGGAAGCGCACCGACGCCCUGCGGCGCGUCGAGGAGCUCGCGGACGCCCUGGGCGACGCGCCGGCGAACCUGGCCUUCGACCGGCUCCGCGCGCGGUGUUUAUUGCGACUGGGCGACUGGCGGUCGCGGGGCCCGGACGGCCGCGCGAGCCCCGCGCCGGGGUCGCCGGCGGGCGACGACGACGCGUUGUGUCUGGGGCCCUACGAGCUCGCGACGCGUCUGGACGCCGCGUCCUACAAGGCCUGGCACGCCUGGGCGCUCGUGAACUAUCGGGCCGUGCAGCGCGCCGCGCGGUCCGCGCGCGCGGACCGAAAAUCCACCCGGGCGUUGGUGGCGGCGGCGGGCGGCUUCGUGCGGGCCAUCGCGCUCGGGCGGCGGCGCUGGGCGGCGUCGGUGCAGCAGGAUCUGCUGAAUUUGCUGAACCUGUGGUUCCGCUUCGCGCGCCAGCCCGAGGUCGAGGCGCAGCUGCUGCCGGACGAGGACGACCGGGGCGGCGUCGGCGGCGCGCCCCUCGACGCCUGGCUCGGCGUGCUGCCGCAGCUCAUCGCGCGCAUCGGCGCCGCGGACGCGUCGCCGAAAUCGGCGCUCCAUCGCCUCUUGGCGCGGCUCGGCGCGCGCCACCCGCAGGCGCUGGUCUACCCCCUGAGUUUGCAAUUGAAGUCGCCGCGCGACGAGCGGCGCCUCGCGGCCGAGGGCAUCAUGCAGGGGCCGCGGACCGUCGCGCCGCGGCUCGUCGACCAGGCGCUCCUCGUCUCCGAGGAGCUCAUCCGCGUCGCGAUCCUAUGGCACGAGAAGUGGCACGAGGGGCUCGAGGAGGCGAGCCGCCUGUACUUCGGCGACGGCGACGUCGACGCCAUGCUGCAGAUCCUGCGGCCGCUCCACGCGGAGCUCUCCGCGGGUCCGACGACGCUUCGCGAGGCGGCGUUCCAGCAGGCCUUCGGGCGGGAUCUGGGCGAGGCCGCGGCGUGCCUCGACGACUACGAGCGCCACGCGCGGGCCGAGGACCGUUUAGGCCGCGGCGGCGACCGCGGCGACGGCGACGCGAGACGGCGGCUGAGGGAGGACGCGGACGCGGCGCUCAACCAGGCCUGGGACUUGUACUACACGGUCUUCCGGCGCGUGAACAAGCAGCUGCCCCAGCUGACGACGCUGGAGUUGCGAUACGUCAGCCCGGCGCUCCUGGGGGCGCGGUCGCUGGACUUGGCGGUGCCGGGCACGUACCGCGUCGACGGCGCGGGCGCGCGGAUCUCGCGGUUCUCGCCGUCGGUCCACGUCAUCACGUCGAAGCAGCGGCCGCGGCGGCUGGCCAUGAAGGGCGAGGACGGCCGGGAGUACGGGUUCCUCCUGAAGGGCCACGAGGACCUGCGGCAGGACGAGCGCGCGAUGCAGUUGUUUGGUUUAGCGAACGCGCUGCUGGCCAAGGACCGGCGGACGCGCGAGCACGGCCACCUGUCGAUCCAGCGCUACGCCGUGACGCCGCUGAGCCACAACUGCGGCGUCGUCGGCUGGGUGCCCGCCUGCGACACGCUCCACGCGCUCGUGCGCGACUUCCGCGACGCGAGGAAGAUCGUGCUCAACGUCGAGCACCGGGUCAUGCUGCAGUUGGCGCCGGACUACGACGCGCUGAGCCUGCCCCAGAAGGUCGAGGUCUUCGACGCCGCGCUCGCGAACACGGCGGGCCACGACCUCUCGAAGGUGCUGUGGCUCAAGUCGUCGCACAGCGAGCAGUGGCUGGAACGGCGGACCCACUACGCGCGGUCGCUCGCGGCCAUGUCCAUGGUCGGCCACAUUUUGGGCCUCGGCGACCGCCACCCGUCGAAUCUGAUGCUCGACCGGCGCACGGGCAAGGUGCUGCACAUCGACUUUGGCGACUGCUUCGAGGUCGCCAUGCACCGCGACAAGUUCCCCGAGCGCGUGCCCUUCCGGCUGACGCGCAUGCUCGUCAACGCGAUGGAGGUGUCGGGCGUCGAGGGCACGUACCGCGCGACGUGCGAGCGCGUCAUGCGCGUGCUCCGCGACGACCCGCGCGACAACCGCGACUCGCUGCUGUCCAUGCUCGAGGCCUUCAUCCACGACCCGCUCAUCUCCUGGCGCCUGCUCGGGGCCGCGGCGGAGCCCGACGCGGCGUCGCCGUCGCCCGCGCCCGGGCGCGCGCGGCGGCCGCCGCCGUCGUCGCCGCCGCCGCCGAUGCACGUGCGCAUGCAGCGCAUGGCCGCGUCGCUCACGGGCAACUCGACGCGCCACAGCGCGCUCGCGGCGUCGCAGCGCGGCGGCCGCGCCGGUUCCGUCGCGAACAGCCGCCUGGACCACCGGAGCGCGCGCGAGUCGCUCCUCGUCAAGGCCCACGGCGCGGAGGGUGCCGACGCGCCCAUCGAGGCGCUCAACGAGAAGGCCCUCGCCGUCAUGGCGCGCGUCCAGGACAAGCUCAGCGGCUGCGACUUCCGCGACCACCAGGGGCCCCUCGCCGUCGCGGACCAGGUCGACCGCCUCAUCGCCCAGAGCACGGACGUCCAGAACCUGUGCCAGUCCUUCGUCGGCUGGUGCCCGUUCUGGUAAACUCCGUGUGUUCUCCG